AAAACUAGCAAGCAAAUCAAAAGGAAAGCCCUUACCCAUUUAAUGUAAAAGCAGCAUAAAUUAUGAAGAGUGUUUUAAGCAAUAAAAUAUAAAAAAAAAACAUUUAAUCAUAAUUGUAUAUAUUUCAUCAUGGCACAAUUUUUUUCUUGAACAUCUUUCAUAUUAACUGUUGAAUGGCAACUUGAAUUUUUAAUUGCAUUGCAAUUUAUCAAUAAGAUUUUGCAUAUUAAACAAUAUUGAAUAGCUGACCUCAAGUAAGAAAGCAUUUUAGACCCUAUAGGUAUUCUAUAUCAUAUAAUGUGUUCCUUUUCCAAAAAAGACAUAGGCGUGGUCCAACUUAUAUUCUUAUAUGAAUGUCUUAAAUUAAAUUUGUUAAUUGUUAGUAAAACACCAAAUAAAGAUGAUGUCAAUCACCCAGGUUGUUCAAUAGUUAUUGAUCGAGUUCAUGAUUUGUAAAAACAUAAUAGAAGUACUGUUUGAAUAAAGCAUAAAAGAAGUUUUAGUCAUUUUUUGCAUGAGUGGGUCUUUUGUAUUUUAAAGGACCAUGGUUUAUUGUAGAAGGUGAAGGUGAAACAAACAUUAAAGUGCAGUCAGUGAGUGCCGGUAAGAGACUGGUUGUUAUCAGGGCUGGCUGUUAUCAGAAUUUGCAUGUGGAGAAACUUUUCCAUCUCAAACAAAUGUCAUGGAAACAGGAUGAUGCAGUCUGUCUGUUCAGAUUGAGAUGUGGAUGUUUCACUCUCUCUUUCUAUUCCAUGCUGAGAACAGAGAGCAGUGCUUGUGCUUGAAAUUUUACUAAGAAAGGGGUCAUAUGGUGUCAAAAGUAUCAAAAAUGGCUCAUACCGAGGAGGAGCAGAGAAAGACAGCCCAUGAUUGGGAGGAAGAUAAGAUGAAUGACAAACAUCUGUUUGAUGAUGGAACUAUGACAUUUUUCUGGCGAGCUCACACAAUAAGCGUCCUGGUGAUAUUCACAUGCAUUCUGGUCUAUGUGGCACUCUUUGAGGAUCCAACAGUAAAUGUGGAGUAUAACACAAAAAGAGGAAUCACUGCAGUGAUAUUAGCAUUUUUACUAUUUGGUGUUACACAGACUCCUGAUGGACCAUUUAAAAGACCACAUCCAGCCUUUUGGAGAUUGAUCCUGUGCCUUAGUAUUGUAUAUGAAUUAGCCCUGAUUUUCCUACUUUUCCAGACUGUUGAUAAUGCCAGAAAGUUGUUGACUUUUUUUGAUGAAACACUGGGUCAGCCACUUCCAGAGAAGGAUUAUGGUGGCAAUUGUUUGAUAUAUGACCCUUCUAAACUUGAGGAUCCCUUCCACAAUCUCAAGGAUAAAAUGGAUGGUUUUGUUCCUACACAUUUCUUUGGUUGGUGGUUAAAAACUUUGAUCCUGCGAGAUUACUGGUUGUGCACUGUGCUCAGUAUCAUGUUUGAGGUUCUAGAGUAUACCCUAGAGCACCAGCUGCCCAAUUUUAGCGAAUGCUGGUGGGAUCAUUGGAUAAUGGAUGCCUUAGUGUGUAAUGGUCUGGGUAUCUACUUGGGUAUGAAGACUCUGAAAUAUCUCUCACUAAAACACUACCACUGGAGGGGGAUGUGGAAAAUACACACAUACAGAGGCCGUCUCCAGCGUGUUGCUUCCCAGUUCACCCCCUACAGCUGGAUGGACUUCGAUUGGAGGCCCACAUUCAGCUUGAAGCGAUGGUUGGCAAUGUUGGGAAUCAUCAUUAUGUUUUUGGCUGCAGAACUGAACACAUUCUACCUGAAAUUUGUGUUGUGGAUUCCACCUGAGCACUAUUUAUGUUUGGGGCGUCUGGUGUUCUUCCUGUUUGCAGGAGCUGUUGCUAUGAGGGAGGCUUUCCAGUUUCUUGACGAUCCAAAUUGUAAGAAGUUUGGUCGUCAGGCUUGGAUGAUAGCUGCUAUAAUUAUAACAGAGCUUCUUAUAGUGCUCAAGUUUGACUGGCAGACUGUUUCUAAGCCCAUUCCAUUCCCUGUUGCCUGUUUCUGGAUUCUUGGCAUUGUGGGAUUGUUUGUUUACACAAUUUGGAAAUUUUACCUCCAUCCACAUAAAGUUAUCGCAAAGAGUCAUCAGACCACUAAUGGGGAUGUUGUUAUGAACAAUAAUGAUAGAAAGACGCAGAAUAAAGCCGAGGGUGGCAGUAAUGGCAGUGUAUCCAACUCGCCACUCAAACAGCUUCGCUUCCGUGUCAACAGGGACAGCCAAAAUGGCAAAAGUUGAAUGAAUAGUCACAAUUAAACAUUGCAUGAACAUGUAUCAGAAGAAAGAAAUGUUAUUUUGCAUAUCACAAACCAUGCUCAACAUUAUUUUCAUACCAGCUAAAUAAUCUCUUUUUAUAAAGAAUCAUCGAUUAUUUCCAUCGUUUCAAAAUCCAGUGUCAGCCAUGUGAGAUGUUUGCUAAGAUAUUUAGCAGAUAUUCUGCACAAAUUGCUCCAAAGAUGAUUGUUUUACAAUUGCAUAUUAUAGGGAAUAUUUAGCUACUUGUUUAUAUUGUACGUACCAGAUUGCCAAAGUUAUUUUGUAUACUUGUACAUGGCCUGUUGUGAGACAACAUGAUUAUAUAGAUUUGGAUUAUGGUUUUAUAAAAGGGAGGG